AACGCAGUAUUAAUAGAUAAAACAACCAAGGUCGCAUAAAGGGCAGGUGUAACUCUGUGACAACCUGUAGGAUCAUGUUUCAGGGCUUUAUUUGCUGCUCAGCUUAGUUUUAUUCUCAUUUAUUCUGCGGUCAAAUCCAGAGGUAUUGUCUGCAUGCAUGUACAUUGUCUGCUCUCCAUUGUGCGGCUGACACGUCUAUUUAUUGCAUAAAUAAAAACUCACCACAGACACAUGAUUCACUGCCUCUUAGAAAAUGUUUAAUGGUGGCACAGGCUGGCAUUCACACCUCACAUAUUGUCAUGGGAAACUGGAAACAGCCAAAACGAAUCCAUACAGUAUGUAAAUAGAGCUAAUGUCAUCCGAGCCGUCGUGUGUUUUGACUAAAAGGGUGGCGAGCGCGUCAUCUGGACAGGAUAUAAUGACAGUGAUAAUCAGUCAUCCUCUUGAGCACAAAUAAGCUUUGUCUUUGCCCAGCUCUAUUGUCCUAAAAGGACAAAUGAAAACCAGCUAAUGAGAAUGGUUGCUACAACUGUCAUUUUGUGGAAGCCGCCUGAUGGUUUCAAAACACCUGAUGUUUCACCGUUGCAUGUUGACCCCAGAUCCUUCGUAUUGGUUAAAAUGGGCUCUAAAGGGGUAUUGGAUUUCUAAUGUAAACACAUUGAGUCGUUUUAUAGUUAUUGCGGUGCAAAAAGGGCCUUUCCAGCACCACAAUGAUGGGCUCCUACAUGUCAAGGUGCACCGCUUCCUUUACGCACAUCCUUCCAGCGUAUCCGUCUUUGAAUCGAUCCAACGCCCUGCGGUGAACACUGUUAUCAGGCUUCGAUUUUCAGCCAUAUUGCUUUCACCAAACCUGUAGUAUAUAAGAGAGAACCUGCUCAGAUUCAUCCCCAGGUUGGCAACCACAGACGUCACUCUCCUUAGACUUACACCUCUCAUCCCACUGCUGCAGGUGUAGUACGUUAAACUUUGAAUAUUUAAGUCACUCGAUGUCCUUUUUAACAGAAAUUGUUCUUUGUUCUUGCCCACAGACAUGAAGGUUGUUGUCGUAUUUGGACUGUUGGUUGCGCUGCUGGUAUCUGGUGUGAUCUCCUCCCCUGAGACCCCUGCAGCUGUAGAGGCUAAAGAGACUAAUGUCCUGAGGGAGCUCCUAGCUAAGAGGGACAACCUGAGAGACUCAGCUGGCAGACAGAAGCCAGGGCCUCACAGUGCCAGGGUGGAGAGACGGGCGCACCUAUCGGAGGAUGAACGGGAGAUUAUGACUAAACAGAUAAUGCAAGCAAUUUCAGAGAUGAUGAACUCCGACUGCAUGUCAGACCGGGACUACCAGGGCUGGGUGGACUUUGGACGCAGGGACGCGGAAUGAGGCACGAUAAAAACAACGGCAGAGCGGCUGGAGAGCUCGUGCUUCCUGCUUUUUUUGUUCGGCUUUUGUAAAAAAUUUUACUUCCCAUGCAACUUGAUAAAUUAAAAUAUUUUGCAGAUUUAUCACAGACGUCUUGAUUGAUUGAUUUGAGCGGAUUGAGAGACACCCAAACUGAAUGUAAAGUUUUAUUCACAAUUUAUACACGCACUGACAAGUACAGCAGUGAUGCUACCAGACUAUAGCAAACAGUAGUGCAGAGAACAGCAGUUUGGUUGAUUUAAGUCAGAACACAAAUGAUAUUCUAACAUGGUUUAACAUCAUUUCUUCCCUUUUAAAUCCACGGUAUCCUAUGCCUUUUUUUUGCUACAGUUGAUUGUUCAGAGAGGUGCUGUUUUAACAUUUAUUGCCACUCUUCUGCUUGCGUUAAUUAAAUAAGUAUUCAUUGAGAAAUCACCUCGAAUGCCCAGUGUGAUUUUUGAUCUAAUUAAAAUCUCAGCAAAAUUCCUGAACGUGGUGUGAAACACAGCAGAUUUGUACAAGCACAGUUGUUUAGUACGUAUAUAUUGCUUCAAAAUUCAGUGUCUUGAUUUUGGUUUUCGUGAGGUUUGGCUUAGAAUAAAGUCCACAGAACUUUAAACAGCACGGAGGUGAGACUGCAAGUGCAACAUGAGUGUGGGUGACGAGCACCAGACAAGUGAAAGGUUAUUUAUAUGAUUCAGUCAUCAUCUGGCCCAGCUAGUGGCAGAUGUCUUCGUCAAAUGAAACAAUCGUAUGUACAACAUGCUUUUCUCAAUGCAGAAGCGUAGAAGCAGCAGGAUCAGAGAGUGCUUUAGUGCAUCUGAAAUGUUCAGUGUGACAGCAACGGUUUGGUUUGUGGUUUCAACCGACAGUAAUAUACUGCAUGUAUUCUUUUUACUAAUGUUCCUAAAGGACAAUGUUAAUAUUUACACAUACCUGGUGUUUCACUUUGGAAAAAGACAGAUGAUUUUAAAAGCAGUGAUGGGGAGAACUGUAAAAUCCACAAAACACAGAUAUAAAAAGUCUUUUUUUCCCGUCAUGAUGUUUCUUAUUUGUGUAAAACAAAGAAAAGGUGUGAAUCAAACAGACUGGUGAUCAGGCGGCUGUCCUGAGAUGAAAAUGUCUCACACUGAAACAAGUAUUUACUCUUCAUAGAAAAGAAUACACUACCAACAACUAAA